AAGAAGGGUCCUAUUGCAAAUGGCUGUUGCUAGGCUAGCCUCUGGGAACGUAAAAAUGUAUUAGUUUUUAGUUACACGGGUCAUAUGUAAUGCUUAUUUUAUUAGAUUGUUCUCUCCUCACUUAAUAAAAUUAUAAUUGGAUGACGUUUGGAUGUUAUUUUGAGAAACACUGCCUAAACAUGCGUUUCGAGGCGAAGCGGUGCGGAGUGUGCUUCAGGCCACCGUCCAUAGUUCUGAUUUAUGAAAACACGGAGACCAACAAAGUGAGAAAACGAAUAAUUCCCGUGCGAAACUUUUCGCGCUAUUCCGAUCACAGCCUGGCCGCCGAAAGGCUGAAGAACCACCCCCGGCACAAAGAUUACCUGCAAGGGGUCUCCCAGAACCAGCUGGAGAGGCUGCAUGUCAUCCUGCGUGACCACCUGCAGGGCUUCACCUUGGAGCACAGCCUGGCCUCGCUGCAGGUGGCCCCCGACGAGGACCUGAACAAGCUGGAUGACGACGAGCUGGCUCGCAAGAAGAGCCACAUGGACGAGCUGUUCGAGAGGAACCGCACGCACAGAGAAGACCCCGAUUUUGUUUACGACCUGGAGGUGGACUUUGGCAAGGUGGCCGACGAGAAAUGCAGCUGGGAUGAAGAAUCUGAUGAUGAAUUUUAAAGUUUCGCUAGAGAAUACAAUUUCUGAUGCUGAACUCACACAAAUACAAAAUGAAAAUACUUGCAAGGAGCAUGCAGAAGAUGCUAACGCAGUACGAAUCGUGUGGUAAAUGGCCAACCAUAACUCCUGAGAUCACUCAUUUUUUUGUAUAUUGUCCCAUGUUUUACAAUGCGGUGCUUUUUUUCUUUAUUAAAAGCAAUUAACAAAACAACUGGUUUGAUUUGGCUAAGAAAGGUGGAAGGCAAGAUAAAUUUGUAAAACGUUCCCAUUCAUUUAAGAAUUUUUACAUGGAAAAAAGUGUUAAUGUAUCUUCAAAAAUGUGGGAAAAGU